CUUGAGCAUGCUAGACUGUCCUCUGAGAUGAGUAAUUCUGCAGCCAACUGGAUAAGAGAACAGCUGCAUGAAAGCUGCAUACGAAUUGACAAUAUGUCUUCACAUCUCAUCCAUCUCCAAAAAGAGGCUAGAGCAUGGCGAGAUAAAGCGCAAACAGCUGAGAACACCUUGGCCGUGGAACGGGAGAACCAUCACAGACUGCUGUCUGAGAAAGAUAAGGAAAUAUCAGACAUGAGAAUUCAGAUGCAGAAGCAGAUCUGUGACUACCAGCAACUUUUGGAUGUUAAAGUGACGCUUGAUCUAGAGAUUGAAGCAUACCGAAAGUUGCUGGAGAGUGAAGAAGAGAGGUUGAGUCUUUCUCCAGGCCCAUCUUCCGAAGUGAGAGUUUCACGGGCUUCCUCAAGCUGUGAUGUGCGUACAGUCAGAAGGAAGAGGAGGAGGACCGAUGUGGAGGAAGCUGAACCCAGCAGUAGUGUUACCAUUUCCCACUCAGCUUCUGCCACUGGAAGUGUCUCUAUUGAGGAGAUAGACAUUGAUGGAAAGUUCAUCCUCUUGAAGAACACCUCUGAACAGGAUCAACCUAUGGGAGGCUGGGAGAUGAUCCGAACAAUAGGAGACACUUCCGCUAGUUACAAAUAUUCCUCCAGAUACGUACUAAAGGCAGGCCAAACUGUUACAAUCUGGGCUGCAAAUGCUGGAGUAACUGCUAGGCCUCCCACUGAUCUCAUCUGGAAAAAUGAGCUUUCUUGGGCCACUGGUGAAAAUGUGAAAGUUGUACUGAAAAAUUCUCAGGGAGAGGAGGUAGCUCAGAGAACCACCAUCUUUAAAACAACUACACAUGAAGAGGAAGAGAAGGAAUCUGAGGAAGAAGCUGAAGCUUUGCAGGAACAAGUCCCUUCUCACCAGCGGGUAUCUUAA